GGUUAAAAAACCCCACUUAGCGCCGUGCUACCCAGUCUCAUCCUAGAGACUUAUACGUCAGAAGGGAAACGCCGCAACCGAAAUAAACAUAAACUAGCAAUUACCUCGUUACCAUGACAUUUAUAUAUAAAAUAACCCUUAACAACUCCCCGUUGAAUCGUAUACUGAUUUGGAACAAUUUAUACCAUUAAUUUUCCAUGUAUAAGAGGUUAUGCUUUAGCAAGAUGACCCAAUAUCUGCCGCGUUCGAGACGGUUUGCUCCUCUUGCGGAGCUUGCGACCGACCAGCAUCAUGAGCUGCCCAAAUUACACGGAGUGAUAUUCGAUGUUGACGGGACUCUCUGCCUCCCCCAAAAUCACAUGUUCUCCGAAAUGCGCGCCGCGCUGCAAAUCCCCAAGCACAUCGACAUCCUAGAGCACAUAUACUCGCUGCCCACAGCCUCGCAGCAAGAAUCCGCCAUGGAAACCAUCCGCGCCAUCGAGCGGCGGACCAUGACCGCGCAAGUCGCGCAGCCCGGACUAGCCGACCUGAUGGCGUACCUCGACGCCAAGAACAUCCGCAAGGGGAUCUGCACGCGCAACUUCGAGACGCCCGUCUCGCAUCUGCUGGGCAAGUUCUUGGCCGGCCACGUCUUCCACCCGGUCGUGACGCGCGACUUCCGCCCGCCGAAGCCGGACCCCGCGGGCCUGCUGUAUAUAGCGCGGAGCUGGGGACUGGUGAGGGCUGUGGAGGGGCCGGAGGACGAGGGGAACGUGAGAGCGGUGCUGGAGGAUGAGAGUGCCGGUAGUAGUGCGCGGGAGAAGGAGGGUGCGGUGGUGCGUGACGGCGCGGAGUUGAGUGAGGUGGGUGAUGCGUCGGGGUUGAUUAUGGUGGGCGACUCGAUCGACGAUAUGACGGCUGGGCGACGCGCCGGUGCUGCUACGGUGUUACUUGUUAAUGAUGCGAAUAGCCAUCUGGCUGAACACGAACACACCGACUUGGUGAUUGAACGGCUGGACGAUUUGGUUCAAGUGCUGGACCACGGCUUCGUGGGCAGGGAAAUACACCAGGGCCCCUAACUUGGGAUUUGUGAAAGACGGCGUAGAUAGCCUCAAAUGUCGCAAGAUGGUCUUGACUAUAAUAUUCCAGUAAAGCAUAUUUCUGGAAUAUUAUAGGUUAAUAAACUCGACUUACUAGUCAACCGACCUCCCUUACAGUUGUUAACUUGUUACUUAAUAUCAUGUGAGAUGAUUAUGAAGCAAAAAAAAAAUAAAAAAUAAAAAAUAAAAACGAUUCAUAAUUACGUAUCAAAUAUGUUGGUUAAAUGUCAUCAAUCACGUAUAACUCAUAAGUCAAAACUGUCAUUUUGAA